AUGCGUCCUAAAUCCCUGCAAUUAGUGUUGUUGCUAUUCCUGGGUGUGUUGCUUGUCAGCACUUCUUCUCUUGGUGUUGAUCACCACAGAUCAAUACACGAGCCACUUCCUUUGGAAGCAGCAAACUCCUUUGAACAAGAGUCUCUGCCAGUGCCAGGUGGCAAACAUCUCAAAGGACCAAAGAGAAAGCUUGCAAACCAAGAGUACAGGCGCCGACCACCCGGAUAUCCGGCUCCAGAACCAAGGCACAGGCCAUCACCACCACCUCCAGCCCCACCUCCCCUGCCAAUUCUCAAUCCCCCACCGCCCCCAAGACGCGGCCGGAGGCCACCACCCCCAAACCUCUACCCGCUGUUGAAGUUUUCUAUAAAACAGUAG